AUGUCGUCUGCUCAUGAUGCCACCACCAAGAUCUCUAUCGAUAGAUUCGACGGUGACAACUACGCGACGUGGAGCCGCUACAUGCGUGGCGUGUUCCUGACCAAGUCGGCGUGGCACGUGGUCAACCGGGAGACCACCCCCACCUUCGCCGAUCCUCGCGCCAGUGACGACUACAUCAAGACGAACAACAUUGCGUUCGGCUUGAUGCUGCUGCACAUAAGCCCGGAUUAUCAUCACGUGGUUGAUGACUGUGAAGAGGCGUGGGUCGCGUGGGCGCGUUUGAAGACGCUGUACGGCGGGUCGCAGAAGGCUGGACGCAUCUACUUGAAGCGGCAGCUGUUCAGUAUGGAGAUGGCGAAGGCGGCAAUAUGCUGCAUCAUUGCAAUGAGGUCCUCAACAUCAGCGCGAAGCUGGCUAGCAUCGUCUGCCCAAGAGUUCGAGAACGUGGUUCUCAACUUGGAGAUGAGCAGCGCGGAACUGCGAUCGCGAGACGUCGUGCGAGUGCUCACGAAUGAGCACAUCAAGAGGCAAGGUGACAAGACGACAUCUGUGAAGACUGAAGACGCGGCGAAGGCGUUCAGUACCGAGCGUGAACCUCGCCAGUGUACAUACUGCGGAAAAUUGGGGCACACGGCGGAGCGGUGCUGGACCAAGCAGAAGGACGAAAAUCAAGGUGGAGCUCGACGCGGCGGCAACAAUGCUCGUGGACGCGGAGCCAACAACAUUCAGUGGUGA